AUCUUGCAUGAUAAAAGGACACUCUAGGCACCUCCCCUGCUGCAUAUAAUCUCUCCAAAAAAUACUGUCCAUACACACCCACAUUCAGUGAGAGAGAGUGAGAGAGAGCGAGAGUGCUUGCUCGAGAAAGAGUAAGAUGGUGCAAAGCUCAACCAGAAGCAAAUGGUUCGCUUGUUCUGUUAUUCUCUUCUUCGCUUUGUUUGCUACUGCAAUAUUAGGACAAGAUGGAUUGGUGGCUAACGGUGAUUUUGAAACGCCGCCAUCGAAUGGUUUCCCUAGCGACGCCAUAGCGGACGGGUCCAUCGAAAUCCCCAGUUGGAAAUUAAGGGGCACAGUAGAGCUCGUCUCUUCGGGCCAAAAACAAGGUGGGAUGAUCCUCAUCGUACCAGGUGGUACACACGCAGUGAGAUUGGGCAACGAUGCAGAGAUAAGCCAAGUGUUUACGGUGGAGAAAGGGUCUAUUUACUCGGUGACUUUUAGUGCGGCUCGCACGUGCGCUCAGCUGGAGUCACUAAACGUAUCAGUGCCACCUGCAUCACAAACAAUAGACUUGCAGACAUUGUAUAAUGUGCAAGGGUGGGACCCUUACGCGUGGGCUUUUGAGGCAGAGGAGGAUCAAGCGAAUUUGAUUUUUAGGAAUUUGGGCAUGGAGGAUGAUCCCUCUUGUGGGCCUAUCAUUGAUGACAUUGCCAUCAAGAAGCUCUUUGCUCCUGAUAAACCCAAAGACAAUGCAGUACUAAAUGGUGACUUUGAGGAAGGUCCGUGGAUGUUUAGAAACGUUUCACUAGGGGUGUUGCUGCCCACCAACCUGGACGAAGAAAUCACUUCAUUGCCUGGUUGGACUGUGGAAUCCAACAGGGCUGUUCGCUAUAUUGAUUCCUACCAUUUCUCAGUUCCAGAAGGCAAACGUGCCAUGGAAUUACUCUCAGGCAAGGAAGGAAUAAUUUCCCAAAUGGUUGAAACAACGCCAAAUAAGCCAUACACCAUGACAUUUUCCUUGGGCCAUGCUGGGGACAAAUGCAAGCAACCCAUGGCAAUUAUGGCCUUCGCUGGAGAUCAGGCCCAGAACAUCCAUUAUACACCCGAUUCUAAUUCUACCUUUCAAACUUGUAAUUUGAACUUCACUGCCAAAGCUGAGAGAACCCGGAUUGCAUUCUACAGUGUGUACUACAAUACCAGAACUGACGAUAUGAGCUCCCUGUGUGGACCGGUGGUGGAUGAUGUUCGAGUAUGGUUUUCGGGUGCUAGGAGAAUUGGGUUUGCUGGAGUUGGUCUUGUAUUUUGGGUGUUUGUUUUGGUUUUGGUGUUGGGUUAAAAGCUGGUUUGGUAGGAUAGUAACAAUGAAAAUAUGUGUUUUACUUAUAAUGUUGUCCUUAUAUAUAUAGUAAUAGGUGUUGGAAUCAUGGGAGUUCUGGUAAGUUGAAAUUCCCACCAAAGUCUCUGUCAUGUUGUGAACUUAAAGAGUUUUGCUAUGAAAUGAGAAUCUUCUGUUAUCUAA